CAACUACAUGCCUUAUCCCCUCCCCCUUUUGGCCUUUUUGUGAAAUACCACAUCUUCACUCUUCUUUGCUACAAACUACGCAGUACUGUACGCGAGCCUAUGCACUCCUACCAUUCAAACGGUCAUGCAUACAAAUGCUUUCUUUUUUUAUUGUCUAUAUGCACAUAUCAAAACAUACAUGCAAACAUGUACAUCCCUUCACCUUUUUUACCCCUCACCUUUUUUUUUCCUCUCAUAUUCUUAAACACUCCCUUCUUUUUCCUACACGUCUAG